AUGCCUGCGAAAAGGAAAUACACCAGAAAGGCUACAGCCACCAGCCAAGGGGCUACUGCGGAAGCAACUCGCGAAGAGACCGUUCCGACUCAGACAGCAGCCCCAACCGCUCCUACAGUUACACCUCCUAGUGAUUCGGAUGGUAGGAAUGCUAUCAAUAUGCUCACACAACCGGUAGCAACUGUGCCCAACGUCGGAACUGGGUCAAGUUCAGAAAUAAUGGAGAGUCUUCUAAGACUAAGGAUUUCCUCGAAUGAAUCCCCCGCCUUCACGGGGACAAAGAAAGACGAAGACCCUCAGACUACAUUGAUGCUCUUCGAAAAUCUUCAGAUUAUGACAAGCUACAAAGAGAAAGACAAGGAGUUCAACAAGAGGGUCAAGUCUACCGGACAGUUCAGCGGGAACGGAAAUAGGAAAUUCUUUAAGAACAGGUCAGCAGGACCUGCUCCGUCCACAGCAAGUGCCCCACUCCCCAAGUUCCGUAAUGAUAAGAAGCAGAAUUUCAGGCCAUCAAGUUCUUACUCUCAGGCUAGUGUGGGUCAGCCGACUUAUACUCAUCCGAUAUGCGGUAAGUGUAACAAGAGACACUCAGGUGAGUGUCGUGUGGGUACUGAUGCCUGCUUUAGAUGUGGUCAGAAGGGCCAUUUUCAGAAAGACUGUCCAUCAGCCAGACAAGGUACUGGAGGUAAUGUGACGCAGUCCAUAAAUUCAGCAGCUCCUCGUCACAAUCAGGCCCAGCAGGGGCGUGGAACAGCAAGGUCCGGAAAUACAGGCGGUGGUCAGAACCGUUUGUAUGCAUUGACAGGUCGUCAGGAUACAGAGGCUAGAGCAGAUGUUGUCACAGGCUGUUCAGGGAACAUGUCCUUAGGUUAA